GUAGCGACAGGUUGUUUCUUCUUAUCUUUUUUACUUGCAGAGGAUAGUAGAGGGGUGCGAUCGGAGAGUGAAGAAAUGCUUCUUCAAACGAGGCAGUUGGGCGCGGCGAGGGCGAGCCCAUGGGUGACGCUCGCACCAUCAAGCGCGGCCAAAAGAAAAGGUUUCGUUUCUUGGAGAAUGAGAAAUGGGGGCCCAAAAUGCUCGGUGUCGUCGUCGACCCAAUUGGAAAUGAAAAGUGAGAGCAAAACGAAGCCGUAUCCGGCAGAGGUAUCGAGGACCAUAAUGGAGUUGGCUCGCGUGGGCACGCUAAGUACGUUGACCCAAGAAGGUUGGCCUCUGGGUACUGGGGUUCGAUUCGCGGUUGACCCCGAAUAUGGCACCCCUUUUUUCUGUUUCACUUCCUCCCACACUAACAUUCCCUCUUCUCUUCAUGUUCAGUUUCAACAAUCUGGAUUGCGCACUCCUCAAUGCACUGUUCAAGGAACCCUUACCAAACCACCAGAUCCAAAGCGUCUUGUUUCUGUGUGGAGGAAGCGGUUUGGAGAAGAAGUUGAUCAAGAUUUUAUUUACAUUAUUGCCGUGGAUCGUGUACUGCAAUUGGAAGACAUUCAGGAGGAUGGCGUGUGGGUCACGUCUUCAGAUUACAAAAAUGCUCAACCAGAUCCUCUUCGAGACUCUGCACUCAACUUAGUCGCUGAAAUCAACACCAACAACAUGGAAGACAUUACCCGAUUUUGCAAUGUCUACGUUGAUUUGGAUUUUCUGGUUUCGGAAGCAAAGAUGAUAUGGGUUGAUCGGUUGGGGUUUGACAUGCGUUUGUCUUCCCCUCACAGAGGUGUAUUUGACGUCCGCAUUCCUUUCCCCAGAGAAGUCACCGAUGAAAAAGGUGCCAAGUCCACAUUUAAUUGUAUGUCACAACUCGCUUGGGAGGUUGAAAGGAACUUCCAACAUCCAGACUUUACCAAGGUUAAGCAAUUGAAGCCAGUGAAGUCCUGUUUUCUGUAACCUACACACCAAUUUUGUUUUAUUUUCUCAUCUUUGUCGAAUAUCCAUCGUUGGUAAUUUUUCAAGGAAUAUGUUCAUGUCUUA